AUGAGUGAUAGUGACAAUAGCACCGAUAGCAUUCAGACACUAUCACCCGCUCCGCAAAUUGACCAGCAAGCAACAUCGGAAAAUCCAUUCGAAUCCUCCGAUGAAUCGUCAAGCUCACCACCGCCCUUCUUUCGCGAUGAGCCGCAAAGCCCAACCCAAACUCUGUCGCCAUACCCUUCUGAACCACCUUAUUCCACUCAAUUCACCAGCGAAACUUCUUCGUUCACCAGUCCGAUGCCCUUGAGUACUUCAUCUCCCGUUCUACCAACAACCGACAGUGUGGAAACGGAACCACAGACUCAAUCAACAGUUUCAGAAUCCGAGCCACCAUCUACAUCAAUGAUCACACAACAACCAGAUACAUCCCCAGCCACUGUGCAGCCAUCCACACAACACAGUCAAACAACAUCUACUCCCUCGAACACAACCCAUUCACCUCCAACAAACGGAACACAUCCAGGAUGUACUAUCUGCAUUCAUUUCCCCUAUGUACAACCCUCUGAAUCGUACGGAUCUUAUCGACCCUAUCAUCCAGUACCGUAUCACCCAGAGCCCUAUCAACCAGAGCCCUAUCAGCCGGAGCCCUAUCAGCCGAAGCCCUAUCAGCCAGAGCCGUAUUAUUCUCGGCCUUAUCAACAGCAACCUUAUCGUUCUCAGUCUUAUCAGCCACAGCCAUAUCCACGCCCCGCAUAUCAGCCCCAAUCGUACGCACCCCCUCCACAGUACCAGCCACCUCCACCACAAAACUAUCCACGUUACGCUCCUCCCCAAGCACCGCCUCGAUACUACGGUCGUCCCACAUCUCAACGUAAUGUUUAUGCACAACCUCCGCCACAACCGUAUGCCAUCUCACAACCGUCAUGUUCUGCAUGCCUGGUAAGCACAUCAAUUUUGCCGUAUUCGGGCAUAGUUCGGAAGAUUCAUUUGUUUUCUUUUGGUGAAAAAUCAGAUUUAUUGUAG